AUGCUAAAAGAACGACUCGAUUUAUUCAAAGACGCUCUACGCGAUGAAGGCAUUGGAAAGAGCUUGAUGAAGAACAGUAUAUUUGAAAAUGAUAUGAGCGGAAAGAAAAUGGAGAGAAUGAUGCGCAAGGCGAAAAAACAUGAGAAAACGCCGAGCUUAGAAGACAAUAUGAUGCAAAUGCCAAUGAAGCUUAUUCGGGAGGCUAUGAAAUUGGGCAUGAUGCUAUCAGGGCAUAAUGUCAGCAAUUUUGACAGACAGAGUUUCAAGCUCAUGUCACCUCGACUUCUCGCACUCGUCCCCGAAGGCAUUGAUGAGGAUAUGAUCAACCUGCUUUCCCCUUCUCUUUUCGCCCUGCACGACGAGGGUAAAGGUAUUGAGAACGAUUUGAGCCUUGCAAAAGCUCUGAAGCUUUUCGACGAUCAAGGGCAUCAAGAAUGGUUGAACUUUGUAAUCGAAGCUUCUGGAGUUUCUGAUGCACUUAUGAAGAUGAAGGACACGAAUGAAGCCGAAGAAAGGAGGAUGAUGGACGAAAGAUACUAUAACGAUGAAAAACAACCCCUUUUCUUUACAAAGAAGAACGUGACCGACAUGUACGGCAAAGAAGAAAGCAAAAAGAUCGAUGUUAUGGAAGAGCUUCAAGAUUCGUUCUCACUCGAACAGAUGCUGCAAAUGAACUCCACUGGAUACACCGUGAUGAACAAGCAGCAGCUUGACCUGGUGUAUGGUCCUGGAUCACCAUACAAUGACUCGUCCACGCAUGCACGAUUAAGGAAUACUUCUGCUGCUGAAAUUCCUAGAGCAGUAGAAUCUACUAUCAGAGGUUUAGCUUCUGAAACCGUAGCAUUCAAGGCUCAGCGAAAAAAAGACAUCAUUCUGUCUCCGCUCCUUCUCAGCAGUAUAAUUGCCGAUCCAGCAACUGCUUCGCAAUCACUUGUUCUCUCUCCUGUACUUUUAACGCCUCUCAUCUACUCUCCAGCCAUCUUUGGAGGUGUCAUUUUAUCUCCUUGGGCGUUUGUACCUGUGCUAGUCUCACCUCGACUCCUCUCUCCAGUCAUUAUAUCCCCAAUUCUACUAUCACCCGUCAUUCUUUCGCCACUUGCUUUCGAUCCACUAGUUCUAUCUCCUGGAGCUCUGGCUCCAUUUAUCCUGACCCCACUUGUUCUCUCUCCUUUCAUUAUAAACCCUGUAGUUCUUGCUCCUCUAAUCUUAUCCCCAUUCUGCCUCUCUCCAUUCAUCAUAGUACCCAACGCGCUCUCUCCUUUGAUUUUAUCUCCCUUUGUGCUUUCACCACUGAUACUUGCUCCAGUAGCAGUUUCAGCUUUUGUUUUAUCUCCUUAUGCACUUUCGCCGAUUAUUCUUUCUCCUGGUAAACUUUUCGCUGCUGUGCUUUCACCAACGUGGCUUAGUUGA